CAUUGAGGAGCAGACUCAGAAGUCUGUUCAGUCGCUGUUUGUAGCUCAGACGGGUGCAAGCAGCACAGGCAACCUCUGUGGGUUGAACCGUGAUUCAGCUCCAGGCGUAACAGGGCUCUUCUAAACUAACCGAACGACCGAAAACACCACCGGCCGGCUCUUAUCCACAAACUGCAGCUUGCUGUGAGAGCUUUAAUCCCGCAGGUGAGGCGGCUAACGAUGUUGCAGGUGAAAAUGUUUGCUGUGAGGAAAGGAAUAGCUAGUAAGACAUGUUCUUCGGUUGAAGACUCUGCUGUGAAAAAGGCCUGUUAAUUGCAUCAGUACUGACGUAGCAGAACAGUUGUGGGCAGAUUCUGGUGAAUGUUUGCAGGAUGUGCCAGCAGCUCACAGCUUCUUGGUGAACACUGUAAAGGUGAGUCGUGACCAUGCGCUGCCUGGCCUCCCGGGUCAACUAUAAGACCCUCAUCAUUAUAUGCACCCUCUUCACACUCAUCACUGUGUUGCUGUGGAACCGCUGCUCCAGCGACACCUCACUUCGCUUCCUGCCCCGCGCCGCCCUGGUGGCUCCGAGUCCCAAAGUGGGGGAUUCCAGCAUCAGCAGCCAGCAGCACCCCCCACAACCCCCAGAGCCCCCGCCUGUCGUCGGCGCGGUCGGAGGCAUUAAGUACGAGGAAAUCGACUGUCUGAUCAAUGACGACACUACGAUCAAAGGAAGGCGAGACGGAGGAGAGGUCUACCUGCCCUUCAGCUGGAUGGAGAAGUACUUUGAGGUGUACGGCAAAGUGGUGCAGUAUGACGGCUACGACCGCUUUGAGUUUCAGCACAGUUAUUCCAAAGUGUACACCCAGCGGGAGCCCUACCACCCAGAUGGAGUCUUCAUGUCUUUUGAGGGCUACAAUGUGGAGGUCCGUGACCGUGUCAAGUGUAUCAGUGGAGUUGAAGGUGUGCCUCUGUCCACUCAGUGGGGUCCUCAGGGCUACUUUUACGCCAUCCAGAUCGCUCAGUACGGCUUGAGCCAUUACAGCAAAAACCUGACGGAGCGGCCGCCCCACGUGGAGGUCUACGACAGCGCUGAGGACAGAGACAGCCGAGCCACAGCGCCCUGGUCCGCACCCAAAGGCUGCAGCAUCAGCCGCCUCUACGACAAGACCCGUCUUACCUCUGUCCGUCAGUUCAGCGCUCCAGAAUCUUCAGAGGGCGUCUCCCUUCCACUGGGUAACUCCAAAGAUUUCAUCCUCAGCCUGGACCUCAAAUUUAGCUCCAACGGCAGUGUGUCUGUGGUCUUGGAAACCACAGAGAAAGGUCCGCCCUUCAACAUCCACUACGUGACCAACACGCAGCUCAUCGCCUUCAAAGACCGUGACAUCACGUACGGCAUCGGGCCACGCACCGCCUGGAGCACGCUGACCCGGGACCUGCUCACCGACCUCAGGAAGGGCGUCGGGUUGUCCAACACCAAGGCCGUUAAGGCCACCAAGAUCAUGCCAAGGCGGGUGGUGCGAUUAGUUCUCCACGGUCGAGGCUGUGUUGACAAUGUGACUAUCUCAACCACCGCCCACAUGGCCGCCUUCUUUGCCGCCAGCGACUGGCUGCUCCGUAACCAGGACGAACACGGCGGCUGGCCCAUCAUGGUCACCCGUAAACUGGGCGAAGGCUUCCGGCCGUUGGAGCCCGGCUGGUAUUCCGCUAUGGCCCAGGGCCAGGCCAUGUCCACCCUGGUCCGAGCCUACCUCCUCACCAAGGACCAGGCUUACCUCAACGCUGCCCUCAAGGCAGUAGGACCGUACAAGGUGCCUUCAGCGCAGCACGGGGUCAAAGCUGUGUUCAUGAACAAAUACGACUGGUAUGAAGAAUACCCCACCACCCCCAGCUCCUUCGUCCUGAACGGCUUCAUCUACUCUCUGCUGGGACUGUACGAUUUGACUGAGACGGCCGGAGAGAAGCUGGGCAGGGAGGCGGGGCAGCUCUUCAGCCGAGGCAUGGAGUCGCUGAAGAGCAUGCUCCCGCUCUUUGACACCGGCUCCGGGAGCAUCUAUGACCUUCGACACUUUAUGUUGGGGACUGCACCCAACCUGGCUCGCUGGGACUAUCACACCACGCACAUUAACCAGCUGCAGCUCAUGGCAUCCAUAGACAAUUCUCCCCUCUUCAAAGAUGUGGUCAAACGGUGGAAAAACUACUUAAAAGGGAUCCGUGCCAAGCACAAUUAGACCAGCAGUAGUCCACAUUGAACACAGAGGCCAGAGAGUGAGCAGAGGAUCAGCGUAUGGUGUGAGUGGAUGUGAGGAAGGCGUUCACAUGUGUGUGGAUGUGAGGAAGGCGUUCACAUGUGUCUGGAUGAGGGUGAGUUUCAGAUGAGGCUGCUGCAGCUCGUGUCUCCUGUUCUGGUGCAGGUUUUGUACUUAUGCUACACUUCCUGUAGCUCUCCUCUCUCUGUUUUUUCCUUGAGCUAGUGUUUGUAAUUAUGCACAGACCUAGUUUCCAUGUGUGAGUUUUUGUGUAGAGAGAGUGUGUGCGAGUUUGAGUGUGUUAAAAACAAUAAUAUAUGAUGUUAGAGAAAGAUGAAGCUCGUUCAGUUGUUUUUACUGAAUCACAUUUCCAACAUGAUUUGAUGCAUCUGCCACAAGUCUCCUCUCAAAUUGUAUUUUUUUACAGCUUAUUCCGAUAUUUGCAUAGUUUAUUGAAACAUAUAAACUGUUAAUAACAGAAUAUAUUACAAAUUAUUUGUAGAAGGAUGUUGCCAAAAAAUCAAUAUAAAACUUAAUUCUUAAAUUUAACAAUAAAACAUGUCGGAUCUCA